GUAAACCAUUGGGAGUGAAGUGAAGAGACCUGGUAUAGUGGUAGGAGAAAAACAUGAAUACAUCACAGACCUAUCAGACAGACCUGGAAGUCAUUUUGGAGUUCCUUGAAGAACACUGCAGACAGGAGACAAAAGAGCAAUGGGAAAAUGAUUUCCACAUGAACCAGAAGUUUACUGGAGGUGACGACGGCUUUCUGUCACACCACAUGGAUUCUUUACAACUGCUUUCUUCAACAAGGGCUCAGCAGGCUACAGGACUACCGUUAAAGGAAAUGGGAUUUACUUCAGCUGGAGUAAGGGAAUCGGUAAUCCAGGGUAUGUCCAUGAAGGAAGCUUUAAACACUCCUGCUGAUGAUGGAAGCCCUUUAAGUCAACAUGUCAGGCCUGAGGAAAGAAACAAAUCAUCACCCAGCUCUACACCUGCAGGCAGAGGGAAAAAGCUGCGUCUCUUCCACUUUUUGUUUGAGAUGCUAGAAGACCCUGGAAUGGCGCAUUGCAUGUCCUGGGUUCCUGCGUCACUGGGGGUUUUCCGCUUCUCCUCCACAUACAAAGAGCAUGUGGCUGCACUCUGGGGCCAGCGCAAGGGCAACCGAAGGCCCAUGACCUACCAGAAGAUGUCCCGUGCCCUGAGAAACUAUACUCGCUCCGGUGAAAUCAUCAAGGUGAGAAAAAAACUGACCUACCAGUUUAGUGGAGCAACCCUGACUACACUGAGGAGCCAGCAGAGGAUGAAGAACACCUAAUGCACCUAAACAGUUUCUUUGUCCAUCUUCGUUUGUCAUAGUAUGUGGCUGUAAUGACGCUUUCAAGCCUUUUUUCUGUCCAGUGUUAAUUAUAGCAACUGGUGGUGUUCAAUAAAAAGUCAUGACACUAAAUACAAAAAUAAAAGCUAGUUCAAAAGAAAAAAAAAAAGAAAAAAACAUCCCAGUUUAUGACUUAAUAUUUUUGACAUGUUC